UACAAAUGCAAAUCGUCGAAAACAAUGGACGAAUGUGAACGUGGAGAUUUAUAGUAAUAAAAAAUAAAAGUAUAUCUAUAUCGAUCUGUUUCUCACACACCCUUUUCCUACACCGCACACAGGAUGAGUAUGACUGACUUUGCUGUCCUCAGCACUGGACGAAAGAUGCCUCUUGUGGGACUUGGCACGUGGAAGAGUGAACCUGGAAAGGUAAAACAGGCGGUUAUUUGGGCAUUGCAAUUUGGCUAUCGGCACAUUGACUGUGCUUCCAUUUAUGCGAACGAGCCAGAGAUCGGUGAAGCUUUCCAGGAAAUGCUGGGGCCUAACAAAGCCAUAAGGCGAGAGGAUGUAUUUGUGACCUCCAAACUGUGGAACACUAAACACCACCCAGAUGAUGUGGAGCCAUCUUUGAUAAAGACCUUGAAAGACCUAAACCUGGAAUACCUGGACCUCUACCUCAUCCACUGGCCAUAUGCCUUCCAACGAGGUGAUACCUCUUUUCCUAGAAAGGAGGAUGGAACCAUACUGUAUGACGACAUAGACUACAAGCAGACAUGGGCUGCUAUGGAAAAGCUUGUGGGGAAGGGUCUUGUUAGAGCCAUUGGACUCUCUAACUUUAACAGCAGACAGAUUGAUGACAUCCUAUCAGUUGCAAACGUCAAACCUACCAUGUUACAGGUGGAGUGCCAUCCAUACCUAUCACAGGUUGAGCUGCUAGCUCACUGCCGGGAUCGAGGUUUGGUGAUGACUGCCUACAGUCCACUAGGAUCUCCUGAUCGAGCCUGGAAGCAUCCAGAGGAGCCUGUACUGUUGGAGGAGCCAACCAUUGCUUCACUAGCCAAGAAGUACAACAAGACUCCAGCACAAAUUAUCAUUAGGUGGCAAACUCAGCGAGGAGUAGUGACUAUUCCUAAGAGCAUUACAGAGUCUCGGAUUAAAGAGAAUAUUGAGGUGUUUGAUUUCACUCUUGAAUCUGAGGAAAUGAGUCUAAUGACAGAAUUGAAUAGGGGCUGGCGUUACAUUGUGCCAUCCAUAACUGUUGAUGGGAAGUCUGUACCCCGGGAUGCAGGACAUCCUCACUAUCCUUUUAAUGACCCCUAUUGAUAUGUAGUUGCAAUAUUAUGUGUCUCGAAAGAUGUUGAAUCUUACAUCUGUAUGCUUACAAAAAAAAAACCAUUUUGAUACAUAUUGAAACAUGUGCUCUUAUGUUUUUGCCUUGCAUGUGUCUGUUAUCAUAUCCCCCCAAUAUAAAUAAAAGUUUUUAUUCUAUUAAAAAAAAAAGUUUCUGUAUUCAGAUUAAUGUUCUAUUAAUGUGUGUUUUUCUAUGGCAAAUUCGUUUGCAAAAAUAUUUAACAUUUGGUUACAUCCUUGCUGUUAUCAAUAUGCUACUGUAAUAAA